AUUUGUCCAGUGCAAGUAUAUUCGCUGUACAACGACCAAUCACAGACCGUUUUCUGGCGAACUUCGGUAAAUGUAUGUUCAAAUAUGGCUGCUCCCAGCUUGUUUGUUUGUAUUUAUAGCCUGGCAGUGUUUGUAAUGCUAGUUACAUCUCUGCAGGCAUCUGAUGUCAGGGAAAAUACUCAGCUAAAUUCAAAGGAAGAAAAUCCAAAUUCUGAACAAAACACACCAACUGAUACUGCUACCAAAGAUUCUAUAUCACCAGAGACUGUAGUUAAACCACUUGAUGGGGAAUCUGAAUCCUCAGCUACUGAUGCUACACAGAAGACACCUGAAGAAACAACACAAGUUAGUCAAGAGAAAGAACUUUGGCAGGAAUGGGUUUCUUUGUUAAUUCCAGAAUCUGUGCAGUAUUCUUUCUGGGCCUUCAUCUCAGAUCUUCAAAAGGAAAUAGAGCUUUACAUCAAAGCAGAGGAAACAAAUACUGCUGAUGAAGGAGUUUCUGUUGUAGCUGACUCAUCAACAACAAAUGGAACAACAGUCAGUGGCACGACAGCAGCAGUUGAUGCAAAUGCUGAGGCCACUACUAAUACCAGCUCUAACAGUAGUGCAAUGGGGGAGAUCUCAGCUGCAGACCAAGAUAAAAAUGAGACUGUUAGUAAAAAACCACGCUUCCACUGUACAGGUAAAAACAUCACAGAGAACACAACUGGAAGCGUACAGAUGGUGAAUGGCACCACUUUGUUACAGAAAUUAACUUUUGAGAAUAAUGCUACUGGUUCAGACUGUAUUCUUGUGUUUUUCUAUGCUCCAUGGUGUCAUUUUAGUGCACAAGCUUCUCCAAGCUACAACACAUUGGGAAGAGCAUUCCCACAACUGGAUAUCGUUGCUGUUGAUGCUGUACAGUUCAGUAGCCUCAAUGCCAGAUUUGGAGUGGUAUCAGUUCCAAAUAUCAUGUUCUUUCACCACUCUAGGUCUGUGGUGCGUUUCAACAGUUCCAAAAAGACAUUUGAGAACAUGGCACUCUUUGUGAAGAACAUGACAGAUCAUUAAAAUGAAAUGUCGAAUGGACAAAACUGAGCAUUUCCGACACCAUUUGCUUUUUGGAUUUAAUGGAGGUGUUAAGGUCACCAAAACUGCUUGUGAGAUUUGUGUUGUGCGUGGAAAAGAAGCAAUGCCUCAAAGUACCGCCUGCUGUAAGGUUUUGUGCUUCAAAAAGGGGAAUUUUGACCUUAAGGACAGAUCACACACCGGUCGACUAAUUGAGUUCGAUGAAGAGUGAUUGAAACAAUUUCUUCACAAAAAUCCACAUGAAAUGACCAGAGAAUUGGCAGACCAGAUGGAUUGUGAUAAAAAAACUGAGGUGAAUCACCUUCACUCAAUGGGCAAGGUUCAGAAAAUCAGUGCUUGGGUGCCACACACUUUAAGCGCAAACAACAAACAUCAACACUCCACAAUUGCCGCCAGUUUGCUCGCUUGACAUUGCUCAAUACAUGAUCACAAAUAGCAUUUUCUUUACUGCAUUGUCACUGGCGAUGAAAAAUGGUGCCUUUAAGCCAAUAUGAAGCAGCAAAAAGAUGGCUCAGCCCCGACAAAAAAGCAACUCUGCAAGGAAAACAAGACCUUUGUCCUUGAAAGAUGAUGUUGUGUGUAUGAUGGCACUGAGUGCAACCAAACACUCAAUGCAGAGCUCUACAUUCAACAACUGCAAUGACAAAAUGAAGCAAUUCAGCAAAAAAGACUGAAUAGGCGAAAUGGUAUUCUUCCGCAACAAAACAACGACCAUCCUCACAUCACCAAUAUGGCCAAAGCUGCAAUUCAAGAACUCAAAUGGGAAGUGCUGCCUCAUCCUCCAUAAUCUCCAGACUUGGUGCCAUCAAAUUUUCAUUUCUUUCAAUAACUUUGUGUGGUGUAUCGUUCAAUAAUGACAUGGUAUUGAGAGCUUUGCUGAACAAAUUCUUUGAGUCAAGACUGGGAGAUUUCUAUCGCCAAGGCAUUGAAAAACUUAUUGAAUGAUGGGAGGAAGUCAUAA